GAGUGAGGCAGAGAAGCAGCAAUGCCACAACACACGCCAAGAUAUGCCCGAAUCACUUAGGCCUUUAUGCCAUGUCGACUUCUUUUUAUUUAAUUAAGGUCUGCCUCCAUCAUAUGGCACCGCCGAGUUUGCUUGAUCGUUUGAUACGGUCGAAGAGUUACUGAAGAGGAAGAAGCUUUUUUGCGACAACCUGUGCUGCGCUUUCCAAAUGGAGAUAGAAAAUAUGGUAGCAAACAAUGCUCUCUUAAAGGCUAGAGAAGGCAGUGCUGGGAAACGGAAAGGAAGGAGCCGAAGAUGGAAAGAGCUUCUGAGAUUUCCGCACAUCAGCGAGUGUGUAGACCUGGCCAACGGCAUUGAUCGUGACUACCUGAGUCUAUGUGAGCAGCAGCCGAUAGGCAAGGCCCUCUUCCGCCUCCACUGCCAGAACAAGCCCAGGCUGCAGCGCUGCAUGUGUCUCCUAGAUGCCAUGGACAAAUAUGAGGAAACGCCUGAUGAUGAUCGUGUGAGCCGUGGCAAGCAGAUCAUUGAGAAAUACUUGAAUCAUCAGUCUUCUGACUGUGUAAAGCAGGUUGCUGGCAGCCAUAGACAGCAAUGCAUAGAUAACCUGGAAAGUAACCCCAUCAAAGACGUAUUCGGCGACUGCAGAAGGGCCAUCCAUGACUACCUGAAAGAGGAACCCUUUGCAGAAUACUUAGAGAGCAUGCACUUCGAUCGCUUCCUACAGUGGAAGAUGGUCGAGAGAAGGCCGAUCACCAAAGACCUUUUCAGGGAAUACCGAAUGCUGGGGAAAGGAGGCUUUGGAGAGGUCUGUGCUGUCCAGUCUCGCGCGUCUGCAAAGAUGUACGCCUGCAAGAAGCUGGAAAAGAAGAGGGUGAAGAAGAGGCGAGGGGAACACCUGGCCCUCAACGAGAAGCAGAUCCUGGAGCAGAUCAACAGCCGCUUUGUGGUGAGUUUAGCCUACGCCUACGAGACCAAAGAGGCGCUGUGCCUGGUGCUGACGCUGAUGAACGGCGGGGACCUGCGGUUCCACAUCUACAACAUGGGCCUGCCGGGCCUCUCCAGCGAGAGGGCCAAGUUCUACGCUGCCGAGGUCUGCUGUGGCCUGGAGCACCUCCAUCACAAGUCUAUACUCUACAGGGAUUUAAAGCCUGAAAAUAUACUUUUGGACGACGAUGGACACAUCCGCAUAUCAGACCUGGGGCUGGCCAUCACGUUGCCUAAGAGCGGGCAGGUUCGAGGCAGAGUGGGCACCGUAGGCUACAUGGCACCUGAGGUGGUUCAGAAUAAAGAGCACGGCUUCAGCGCCGACUGGUGGGGUUUGGGGUGCCUCAUCUACGAGAUGACGGAGGGCUCGCCUCCUUUCCGGGCCCACAAGGAGCGCGUCGACCGGAAGGACGUGGAGAAGAGGGUUAUGGAGACGCAAGAGAAAUACAGCUUCAGGUUCGAACCAGGGGCUAAGUCCAUCUGCACAAAGCUGUUGGCCAAAGACCCAUCUGAACGUCUGGGCUGUCAGUCAGACGAUGCUGCGGAAGUGAAGGCUCACCCCUUCUUCGCCGACAUAAACUUCAGGCUGAUGGAGGCUGGGAUGCUUAAGCCUCCGUUCGAACCCGACGCAAGAGCUGUAUAUUGCCAAGAUGUCCUUGAUAUAGAGCAGUUUUCUACAACGCGAGGAGUGAGCCUGGAUGUGAAUGAUGAUGACUUUUACAUGAAGUUUAACACCGGGGCAUGCGCUGUCCCAUGGCAAAAUGAGAUGAUCGAAACAGAGUGUUUUCAGGACCUGAAUGUUUUCGACGACAGAGGCCUAAGACCACCUGACCUGGACUGGCACCUGGCACCACCUGAGCCCAAGCCACGCCCCGUACAGAGACAGAGACACAGACUACUACACAAGCUCUUCAAGAGAAACCAUUCCACUAAAUCUCUUGGUGGGAAAGAAGGAGCCGAAUCUGCAAAUACUAGCCAAAGUUCCGACGAGCAUAUCAGGACACUCGUUUAAAACCGUCCCACACCUCUUAGUCAUCCAAGGACCUGUACACACCAGAUUUUUUACAUUUGAAAUGGUUU